CAACUGAAAUACCACGCCAGCCAAUGGAUUCUUCUGUUUCCAGCUCCUCUGCACGUCUCUCUGGCUUUUUCCUGUUUAUUGCAUACACAAGCAUCAGUGACAAACACACACAUGUGCAGCCUACACCCAGACGCUAGCAAUGCAAUAACAUUGUCACGAAGUGUAUUCAUAGUCCAGACAGCCCCGAGAUUGAGACGGUAGGCCACAGAGAGUAAACCCAUGUGUGCAGUCUGCGGCUACUACUGUGUCAGACCCUGUAAAACACGUUAGGAACCAGGGGUCGUUUAAAAGUGACUGAUUUACGGCUUUUAUUGCUCUAUAAAACGCCUCUAACAUCCUCGCAAGAGGUAAUAGAAAUGUCGUGCGCAUCCUGCACAAACAGGACAGCCAGAAAUAUGCCAUUUCAUGUCGUUUUUUAAACCGUAUUAUGUAAUUAUCGCUGUGGAAAUAGAUACUUCCGUUAACUUGUAAAGUGGGGCUGUUCGCCAGGAGAUUGACUUGUGCACUGGUUCUGUUCAGGCUCUUUCUUCAAAUGGGAAAAGACCUUACUAUUAUCAUCAUCAUUAUUAUUAUUAUUGGAUGGAUGGAUGUUGAUCACCUUACAACUGAAUACAUAACUGGAAAAAGAAAAAAAAAUAUAUAAUCUGUGUGUUUUUGGGAGGCUGCUGAGCUAUUAGGAAGUUAACCUCUCUCUCUUUGACCACAGCCCUUUGACUCUCAGAUAAGACUGAGGAGCCUGCAGCACAUGACAAGUUUAUACAACCAGGCAGUAUCAGUUUACAAUAUAACAGCAUACCUCCAGUAAUGGGGCUGAUGGUCAGUGCCUCAGCCAGGAUUAGCACUCAACAUUUGGAGGUGGGAUUUCCAAAUGGCAACUAGACUGAAAUAUUUUUGAAAUGUUUUUGUUUGUUUGUUUUUUCUUGAAUGAGUGGAACUGUGGUUUAAAGCUUAGUUGCCUUAAUUUCUGCACAUAUAUAUUUUUUGGAUUCUUCAGAUUCUUCCUCUCAGCUUUUUCUCUCUUUGAGAUUUGGAUUGGAGCUGCUAUUUAAAGAUGCUCCCCUCAUCUGUUGGUCACAUGCAGCAAAAGUUCCACAUACAGAAUCACUUCAUUUACUUGUUCUUUGUGUGCUUUUUUUUGGGCUGCAACAAAGCAUGCAAACAUGUCUUGCAAGCAAAAGAUGAGGACUUUUAAAUGUUGGAGAUGGAAAGAAAACAAUUGGGAGCAGAUUUGUUGUUGUUGAAAAUCCCUUGACGGUGUUAAGGAAUUGAAACAUACUUUUCUGUUGCAGUUAUUUAGGUUUCUUUAUUUAAAAGCAAGGCAUCUCUGAGCAGGACCACACUGCAUGUAGGAUGACCUCGUACUACAACUCUCUUGUCUGCAACAACCAAAUUUAACUUAACUUCAUUGUGACACAGCACUAGUCCACUGCAGAUGAUAAUGUUUUACUGCUGUGACACCAUGAAGGUGCUGCUCUGCAAAGUUGUCAGAUUAGUGACACCACAGUCGGUACUGGUCUGUGCUGGCUGUGGUUUGCUGUCACACUGGUAGUGUGGUGUCAGUCUGGUUUGUUGGCUGUUCCCCUGGUUGUCUGGUCUGUGACAGCAGUUGUGGUGUUUGUGUAUCUGUGACGUUUUUGUUGUUUUGUUGAGAAAAUCACAAUGUCAUAAUGAUACUGAACUGUACAUGUGGAAAGGGUUUGUUGUGUAAAAGUUGUAUCUUCAGACUGAGAAGUUAAUAGUAAAGCUUAAAGGCGUGUGUUACACUCUUGCUUUUAUGUACUUUUAUUGUUUUGCACUACAAACUAAGACCACCGUGAUUUUUUCUAUAUUCUUAUCUUUUUCUGCUCAUUCUGUUUCUCUGUUUAUUGCUGUAUACAGCACCCUAUACCUUUGCCUCCAGCUGUUUUUAUUUUGCUGCUGUGACAUUUAAAACAGCUUUAAAAAGUUCAAGUCAGUCAGAUUAAGAAUCCUUACCUAAACCAGUGUCAUUUCUACAGUUAUUAAUAACACACGUAUACAUCAAUAAUCAAUUAAAUGUGAAUGUGUAUAAAGAACAUACUGGAACAACCAGACAAAUGCUUCAUAAGUGAGUGAAGGCUUUUGUUUAGGCAGGCUGCCUCUUCCUGUCCACCUUUCUCCAACAUUAUAAAUGAUCAGGCCUAUUUUCAGAAAUCAACCACACCUCCAGAGCAUCUCACCACUCCAGUCCUCUCUGACAUUUAGCCACAAUAAACCUAUUAAAUAUUAGUGCUGUAAUGGUUUUAGGAGUAUCAUCUCACACAAGUGAUGCAGCUCUAAUUCUUAAGUGUAUUAAUGGACCAUAAUCUGUUUCACAGCUGAAGUGCUGCUGGUAAAAAAGACUGUUCCUUCAUUAAUUAGCAGAUAACCUUUAUAUAAGGCGCACGCUAACAAAAUGAUUGGUUUGCUAUUGUUGUACCUUAUCCUUGGCGAAUCACCUAUUGUCCCUUUGAAUAAUUGAGACCAGCGGAUUUUGCCUGUUUUAUUUUUCCUUGGUCAGCAACUAGCUACUAGUUUUGUCCCCAAGAUCAAUUGCCUUGGUAACACAACCAGAGAGGGAGAGAGAGGGAGAGAGAGAAGAGGGAGAGAGAGGAGGAGAGAGAGAGAGAAAGAGAGAGAGAGAGAUUUGUGCCCACAAUGGCGACUGUAGGUAUGCUAAAUACCUCUGGUUCCUUAUCCGGGAACUACCUCUUACUCUGCUAUUGGGCCAUUGGGUCACGUGGUAAAAGUAACUUUACAGGGCUGCUCGCAAGUAGGAGGGCUUUAUGGAGCAGAAAAACGACAAAGCUAGAAAAAUUAUUUUCCACUCCAGAAAUUAAUGAUCAUGAGCUCGUAUUUGAUGGAGUCUAACUACAUUGAUCCGAAAUUUCCUCCAUGCGAGGAAUAUUCGCAAAAUAACUACAUCCCUGAACAUAGUCCAGAAUAUUACAGCCGCGCAAGGGACACUGGCUACCAGCAUCACCACCAGGAGUUAUAUCCUCCGCGGGCGAGCUACCAAGAGCGCCAGUAUAACUGUGCAAGCAUCCCUGAACCUGACACGCCAAGGGGACAUGGAAUACCCCAUUCUGCGCACCUGCUGACAGGGAAAGGGCAACCUGCUUCAUGUGAAACCCCACAGUUGUCCAUGUCCCCCGCCACCCCACCGGCCGCAACCUCCGCCUGCAACCAAGCUACCCCGGAGCAUCCAAACAGCACAGCCUCCUCCAAGCAGCCCGUGGUGUACCCAUGGAUGAAGAAAAUUCACGUCAGCACUGUGAACUCGGGUUACAAUGGGACGGAGCCCAAGCGGUCUAGGACAGCAUACACCCGGCAGCAAGUCUUAGAAUUGGAGAAGGAAUUCCACUAUAACCGAUAUUUAACUCGGCGGAGGCGUAUCGAGAUCGCCCACACCCUGGUUCUCUCCGAGCGACAGAUUAAAAUCUGGUUUCAAAACCGCAGGAUGAAAUGGAAAAAGGAUCACAGGCUCCCGAACACCAAAGUGAGAUCCUCCUCCUCCUCCUCUGGAUCCAACACAAGCUCAGCAGCCGGCGCUGUUGCCGCUGCCUCGGCCACUAACACUGGGGCCCCCGACGAACUCACCGGAGCACAGCAUGGCGAGGAUAUUACCAGGUUAUAAAACCACAAACCACACGACUGUGGGUAGAAAAAGAACUGGUUAUUUAUAGAACAAUUAUAUAUUUUGUUUUCGUAGCUAUCUUGUGCGGUUUCCUUUAAGUCCAAAGUUAUAUAAAAUGCAUGUUAUAUAGCAUGGAUUACUGCGAAUACCGAUGAAUUAUUUUUACGUGACACAGGGUUUAAUUUAUUUGAAGCUCAAUUAAAAUGAUGUUUUUUAUUAAAAAUGUUUUGAAUGAAGGAAAAAAAAAGUAGAAAAAUUAUACAUUUUAUCAAAAUGUUAUUGUGGGCCAUUCUUUUGCCCUGCUGCCCAAGGUGAAAUGCACAAUCUAUUUAUUUCAAACAACACUGGAAGGAAAUCAAUAUAAUAAUAGUUAUUUUUGGUAUAAAAAAGCUGGAAACACACCAUUGAUCUUGAACUUGUAUGUUUAGGAUAAUAACAGUGUGUGAAUUUACCUCGUGUAUUUCAGAAAACAGGAUUUUUGAUUUACAAUUUAGUUUUGUGGUGUUGAUGUUGUGUUUAGACCGUUAAAAAGCAGAUUAUUGUGAAAUGCAAUAAACGGAGUUUAGUGUUCUUGUGCUAAUCAUAUUGGUCAAUAAAACAGUGAGUGUCUACUAGUUUUAUAUACGUUUGGUCGAACUUCAUUUUAGGCAAGAUGAAGUCUAACUAUUGUUUUUUCUUUUUCUUUUCUUUCUUUUUUUUUCUUUUUUUCAUUGGCUCUUUGGAGGAAUUCUCCUUAAAAAGUGUACAGGUCUGUGACUAUUUGAACAUUUCACGAGGGAAACCAGGAAUCACUGUGUUUUCAAACUGUUUAUCAACCCUGCAGCUCAUUUUUUGGCGUCUUUGAAUUAGCAAUGUGUACAGACAGUGUGUGUCUGCCUGUGUGUGUGUGUGUGUGUGAGAGUGUGUGUGUGUGUGUGUGUGUGUGUACGUGUACGUGUGUUAAAGCCUCACUCAUAAUGGACUGAAGUUAUUUCUAAAAUCUGAAAAUGAAAUAGUUUGCGCUGUGCAUUAUGUGCAACCUCAUCAGUCUGAAGGGCAUUCAAUUAACGCUAAAGACAAGCCACUGAGGCCCUCCACUCCACUCCACUCCACACUGCACUGCCUCUGCCAGAGCCACGACUUGAACACAAAAGCUGCAUGCGAUUAAUUUAGAGGACGUUUGCAAUGUGUUAGAGAUUAUAGAUUGUUGUGAAAAAUAUUCUUAUUCAUUUUGUAACCUAUUAGUAGUUGCCCUGCUUUUUCUAUAAUCCACUGCGCCAUGCGACUGGAGUUUUCACAUGUAAGAAAAAAGAAAAAAGAAAAAGAAAUAAAAUAAAGUCGUGAAUUGCAGAUAGAUUCAAUAGAA